AUGGGUUUUCUCUGGUACGAGUGGAGUGAAAAUGAAAAGUUCCUUUUCCGAGCAACUAUGGCUUAUGCCAUGAGGAUUCACAAAGAGCAAGAGUUUAGUGUGUCCAACGUCAUUCUGUGUAAUGACACUCCCAGAGUGUCCUUUUGGUUUGUGGUAACAUCACCGCUCAACUCAUCGCUUCCUGUUGACAAGGAGGACGUGGAGACAGCUGUGAGAAUGUCCAGACAUCGUAUCAACAGUGCGUUCCAGCUCUCUGAUUCCACUCUGGAGUUUGUUGGCAUCAAUCCCACCCUGGCAUCCCCUGUGGAGCCUGACACCCCUCCAUGGCUCAUUGUGUUCGGGGUGGUGAUAGGUCUGGUCGGUGCCGGCAUCGUCUUUCUGCUCGUGUCCACUGUGGUUGAAAAGAAACGCAAGAAGAAUGCAGAGGAUGAUGAGCAGACGAGGGUGAAGACUGUGGAAAACGGCUCUACGAGUGAGGGAGUUUAUAACACAAUGUUCUCAGAGGAUGAACGAUUGACACAAAUGUAAAAAAAAGUCUACUACAGUAUGUCGGAAAUAAGAUGGUAAAAAA